UGGUUCUUUCCUUUUGCUUCCUCCACUCUUUUUCCCUCCCCCUAAUUUAUUUGAUUGAAUUCUAUUAUUAUUUCUAGCAUUCUCCCUCCCUAAUACUCACAUUGCACACACACGAUUCUAUCCGCUUCUCAUGCUUCUCGUUUAGCUUCGAUUCAAGAAGAUGAACCGCAAUCCUAAUCUCCUCUAUUGAAGAGGAAAAGAACGAAGAACGAAACAAGGGAAGAAAAGUUUGAUUUUUUUAUUUGUUAUUUUCAGAGAAAGGAGAGUGCUUUAUCUGUUCUCUCUGACUUCUUCCACGAAGCGAUAAGUCUGACUCACAGGGGUGAUUUUCAACGGCAAGUGGUGAUAUUGCCAGCUUUAUUUUGCUCAAAAUCGAGUUUUGCUGCUGAAGAAAUUUGUAUAUGACGACAAUUUAUGAGGGGAACUGGGAUUGAGAGCUUAAAUGGAUAGAUUUUGCUUUUUCAAGGGUAUCUGCUCUGAGUUUGCAGGUCUUUCUUCCUCCGAAAAUGGUAAAGGCAAAUGCUUACAAGGUCGUGUAAGAGUUUCUUAUGGUUUUAGUCUCGUGAAAGGGAAGGCUAAUCAUCCUAUGGAGGAUUACCAUGUCGCCAAAUUUGUCGAAGUCAAGGGACAUAAGCUCGGUUUGUUUGCCAUCUUUGAUGGCCAUUUGGGAGAUAAAGUACCUCUAUACUUGCAGAAGCAUUUGUUCAAUAAUAUUCUAAAAGAGGAUGAAUUUUGGAUACAUCCAGACAAAGCUAUCACGAAAGCCUAUGAGAAGACUGACAAAGCAAUUCUUUCUCACAGUCCUGAACUGGGAAAGGGUGGAUCUACAGCAGUUACGGCUAUUCUCAUUGAUGGUAGGAAGCUCUGGAUUGCAAAUGUUGGUGAUUCUCGAGGAAUUUUGGUAACAUCGAGCGGAGGCCGUGGCCGAAUUUUCGGAGCCCACACAGUUGAUCAUGAACCAGACGCAGAGAGGGACAAUAUUGAGACGAAAGGUGGAUUUGUUUCUAGUAUGCCAGGGGAUGUUCCAAGAGUUAAUGGCCAGUUAGCUGUUUCCCGUGCAUUUGGGGACAAGAGCCUCAAAUCACACCUAAGUUCAGAUCCAGACAUUCACCCAGUGGACAUUACUAGUGAUACUGAACUGCUUAUCCUUGCAAGCGAUGGUAUAUGGAAGGUAAUCGACAAUCAAGCAGCCGUCGAUAUUGCCAGGAAGUUCAAAGAUCCACAUGUAGCAGCAAAGCACCUAACCAUUGAAGCUGUGGAAAGAGAUAGUAAGGAUGACAUAUCAUGCAUAGUUGUUCGAUUCAAUGCUUAGUUCCCACAAGAAAGCCCUUUUUAUUUAUAACCUGGAAGCCUUCAUACUACUAUACAAAGAACUAGGACAGAAUUAUAAGUUUUCAUGAUCUAUUUUGCCUCUUGUAAAGUUCUUUUAGCCUUUCAUUUGAGGUUGGAAGAUUUAUGAAUUUUUCCAGUUGUUCGAUUUGCCUGAAGAACAGAAGGCUGUCAGGUGGAAGAUUUAUUUCACAGAAUAGAUUUGGAAUUGUAAGGAUUCAUUUGAUUUGAUCUUAUUGAAUGAUUAUAAUUAUUGAAUAUUUAGUGUCAAAAGAAAGGAUGAAAGUUCUUAAUCUCAA